AUGGGUCGAGUUUCGUUCGCCGAAGAUACCAAAUUGCCUGACGAGACCUACAUCGAAGAAGAACCCACAAAGCUCUUCGAGUACCAAGAUGGCCCGGAGAACAAGUCUUGGGCGGGUGCGCUUCCCUUGAAGCAGGGUCUCUACGACCCUUCGCUGGAGAAGGAUGCUUGCGGUGUGGGUUUUGCCGCUCACAUCAAGGGCAAGGCUAGCCACAAGAUCGUUACCGAUGCGCGUUCACUGCUAUGCAACAUGACCCAUCGUGGUGCCGUGGGUUCAGACGCACGAGAUGGCGACGGUGCAGGUGUCAUGACCUCCAUCCCUCACCGUUUCUUCCUCAAGGAGUUUGAGCGCGAGCAGGGCUACAAGCUACCUGCGCUUGGCGAAUACGCCACGGGCAAUCUGUUCUUCAAACCAGAUGCCACAAUCUUGGAGGAGACCAAGACCAUGUUCGAGGACGUCGCAGAUCAGCUCGACCUGCGAGUACUUGGGUGGCGAAGGGUGCCCCGCGACUCUACAUUGCUCGGUCCUGCUGCGCUCUCGCGAGAGCCCAUCAUCCUGCAGCCCUUCGUGGUCCUGAAGGCGGCUUACGGAGACGCACGGCAGCCCAAGGAGGAUUUCGAGAAGACCUACGAUGCUGGCUACUUCGAGCGUCAACUCUAUGUCCUGCGCAAGCGUUCUACACACGUCAUCGGUCUGCACAACUGGUUCUACAUCUGCUCCCUGAGCAACAAGAACAUUGUCUACAAGGGUCAGCUGUCACCUGUCCAGGUUUACGAGUACUACCACGACCUACUCAACGUCGACUACGAGGGUCACUUUGCACUGGUGCACUCUCGAUUCUCCACCAACACAUUCCCUUCAUGGGACCGCGCUCAGCCUCUGCGAUGGGCAGCUCACAACGGUGAGAUCAAUACAUUGCGAGGAAACAAGAACUGGAUGCGAGCACGUGAGGGCGGCAUGAAGUCCAGCCUUUUUGGCGACGAGCUUGAUCUGCUCUACCCCAUCAUCGAGGAUGGUGGUUCCGACUCUGCAGCUUUCGACAACGUUCUCGAGCUGCUCACCAUCAACGGUGUCCUGUCUCUGCCGGAAGCGGUCAUGCUCAUGGUUCCUGAGGCAUGGCAGGGAAACCACACCAUGGAUCCCGCCAAGCAGGCUUUCUACGAAUGGGCCGCUUGCAUGAUGGAGCCUUGGGAUGGCCCUGCUCUCUUCACAUUCUCAGACGGCCGCUACUGCGGUGCGAACCUGGACCGUAACGGUCUGCGACCCUGCCGUUACUACGUCAUGGACGACGACCGCAUCGUCUGCGCGUCUGAAGUCGGUACCAUCUCCAUUGACCCCGAGCGGGUGGUUCAGAAGGGCCGUCUGCAGCCCGGUAAGAUGUUGCUCGUCGACACUGUCGCUGGACGCAUUGUCGACGAUGCCGAGCUCAAGAAGUCGGUCUCUGAGCGCAGCGACUUCAGCGCAUGGAUUGAGAGGAACCUCCUCACCCUGCCUAAGAUCGUCAAGGCUGUCAGCGAGAAGGGCCUUGACCUCUCGUACACGAUCACAGAGUCCAAGCUUCACGAGGACUCUCGCCUGCGAGCAUUCGGCUACUCACUCGAGCAGGUCAGCUUGCUCCUUGGACCCAUGGCCGCCGACUCCAAGGAGGCCCUCGGAUCCAUGGGCAACGAUGCUCCUCUUGCUUGUUUAGCUACUCAGCCCCGUCUGCUCUACGAGUACUUCCGCCAGCUGUUCGCACAGGUUACAAACCCUCCCAUCGACCCUAUUCGCGAGGCUAUUGUCAUGUCUCUCGAGGCUUACGUCGGUCCCCAGGGCAACCUUUUGGAAAUGGAUGAGUCUCAGUGCCACCGAAUGCUUCUGCCUUCGCCUGUUCUGUCUGUUGAGGAGUUCACAGCCAUGACCAACACGCACACUCUGUACUCUGACUGGACAGUAAAGAGCAUCGAUAUCACUUUCGCGAAGAGCGAGGGCGUCGAGGGCUACAUGAGCACUCUUGACCGCAUCUGCGAGGAGGCUGCUGAGGGUGUCAAGAACGGCGACAGCAUCAUCGUCUUGACCGACCGUGCGACAUCCAAGGACCGUGUUCCUGUAUCUGCCUGCCUCGCCACUGGCAUGGUCCACCACCACCUCGUUCGCAACAAGUGGCGUUCCAACGUCGCUCUCGUCAUCGAGACCGGUGAGGCCCGUGAGGUUCACCACAUGUGUGUUCUCGUUGGAUACGGUGCUGACGCCAUCUGCCCUUACCUCGCCAUUGAGUGUAUCCUGAAGAUGCAUCGUGAGGGUGUAAUCCGAAAGAAGCUCUCCCCUGAGCAGCUCAUCGACAACUACAAGCACUCUUGCGACGGUGGUAUCUUGAAGGUCAUGUCUAAGAUGGGUAUCUCUACCCUUCAGUCUUACAAGGGAGCCCAGAUCUUCGAGGCUCUUGGUCUCGAUGACUCCGUUGUCGAUCGCUGCUUUACUGGAACUGCCUCUCGUAUCAAGGGUAUGACUUUCGAUCUCAUCGCCCAGGAUGCAUUGGCUCUUCACGAGAACGGUUUCCCAUCUCGCCCCAUCGUCACGGUCCCCGGCCUUGCUGAGACUGGUGAGUACCAUUGGCGUGAUGGUGGUGAGCCUCAUAUCAACGACCCUACUGCUAUGGCGAACAUCCAGGAUGCGGUCCGCACCAAGAACGACAAGUCGUACGAGGCUUACUCUAUCGCCGAGUACGAGCGCAUCAAGGACUGCACACUCCGUGGUCUUCUCGAUUUCAGCUUCGACGACCGCACACCUAUCCCCGUCGACCAGGUUGAGCCAUGGACAGACAUCGUUCGCCGUUUCGUCACCGGUGCCAUGUCCUACGGGUCCAUCUCUAUGGAGUCUCACUCUACCCUUGCUGUCGCCAUGAACCGUCUGGGUGGCAAGUCCAACACCGGCGAGGGUGGUGAAGACCCCGAGCGCAGCUUGCGCAUGGAGAACGGCGACACCAUGCGUUCUGCCAUCAAACAGAUUGCUUCCGGACGUUUUGGUGUUACAUCCAACUACCUCGCAGAUGCCGACGAGUUGCAGAUCAAGAUGGCCCAGGGUGCUAAGCCUGGUGAGGGUGGUGAGCUUCCUGGACACAAGGUGUCUGGCUCCAUUGCUAAGACUCGUCACUCGACUCCUGGUGUCGGUCUCAUUUCCCCUCCUCCUCACCACGACAUCUAUUCCAUCGAGGAUCUUAAGCAGUUGAUUUACGACCUGAAGUGCUCCAACCCCCGCGCUCGUGUCUCCGUCAAGCUCGUCUCUGAGACCGGUGUUGGUAUCGUCGCCUCUGGUGUCGCCAAGGCCAAGGCCGACCACAUUCUGAUCUCUGGUCACGAUGGUGGUACCGGUGCCUCUCGAUGGACUGGUAUCAAGUACGCUGGUCUGCCCUGGGAACUGGGUCUUGCCGAGACUCAUCAGACUCUCGUCCUGAACGACCUUCGUGGUCGUGUCGUUGUUCAGACUGAUGGUCAACUCCGUACCGGACGUGACGUUGCCAUCGCCUGUCUGCUUGGUGCCGAAGAGUGGGGGUUUGCUACCACUCCCCUGAUCGCCAUGGGCUGCAUUAUGAUGCGCAAGUGCCACUUGAACACCUGCCCUGUCGGUAUCGCUACCCAGGAUCCUGAGCUGAGGAAGAAGUUCUCUGGUACACCCGAGCACGUCAUCAACUUCUUCUACUACAUCGCCAACGAGCUCCGUGCCAUCAUGGCCAAGCUUGGCUUCAGGACCAUCAACGACAUGGUCGGCCACUGUGAGGUCCUGCACAUCCGCGAUGACCUUCGCACAGCCAAGACUGAGAACAUCGACUUGUCUUUGAUCUUGACUCCUGCGCACACUCUCCGCCCUGGUGUCGCCACCUUCAACGUGCGCAAGCAGGACCACCGUCUUCACGUGCGUCUUGACAACAAGCUUAUUGCUGAGUCCGAGCUUGCUCUUGAGAAGGGUCUGCCUGCUCGCAUUGAAUGCGAUGUUGUCAACACCGACCGUGCUCUUGGUGCAACGCUCUCCUACCAAGUGAGCAGACGCUACGGCGAAGCUGGCCUUCCUCAGGAUACUAUCCACGUCAACAUCCGUGGUUCCGCCGGUCAGUCUUUCGGUGCAUACCUUGCCCCUGGUAUCACUCUCGAGCUCGAGGGUGACGCCAACGAUUAUGUCGGCAAGGGUCUCUCAGGCGGUCGCCUGAUUAUCUACCCGCCGCGCACUGCAGUCUACCGUGCUGAGGAGAACGUCCUGAUCGGUAACGUCUGCUUGUAUGGUGCUACCCAAGGCACCUGCUUCUUCCGUGGUAUCGCCGCCGAGCGCUUCUGCGUCCGCAACUCCGGUGCCACUGCCGUUGUCGAGGGUGUCGGUGAUCACGCUUGCGAGUACAUGACAGGUGGUCGUGUUCUCGUCCUGGGCUCUACUGGUCGCAACUUCGCUGCCGGUAUGUCUGGUGGUAUCGCUUAUGUUCUCGACAUCCACCACGACUUCGAGCAGAAGGUCAACCAGGAGAUGGUUGAGCUCUCGCCCAUCGAGGAGCCCGAGGAGAUCGCGUUCGUCCGCGGUCUCAUCGAGGACCACCACCACUACACCGGCUCCGAGCUUGCUGCCCGUAUCUUGCUUGACUUCACCCGUGCCCUGCCUCGCUUCGUCAAGGUCAUGCCUGUUGACUACAAGCGCGUAUUGCUCGAGGAGAAGGCCAAGGCUGCUGAGAAGAAGCGAUCGGAAUACCCUCUCCCUCUUCUUGCUGGCAACCCCGUACGCGCUGCGCACGAGGACUCCCGCAAGAACGAGCAUGAGCACGAGGCUAAGGAGAAGAAGAAGGCUGAUCUGCUCGACAUUGAGGAGAGUAUCACCGACGCCAAGGCUGAAAAGAAAAAGGCACUUGUUCUUGACAAGACCCGCGGCUUCAUGAAGUACCAGCGCCGCUCUGAGAAGUACCGCAACCCCAAGACCCGUACUCGCGACUGGGCCGAGCUUUCGCAGCGCCUGAACGAGGACGAGCUCAAGUACCAGACUGCUCGUUGCAUGGACUGCGGUGUACCUUUCUGUCAGUCCGACACUGGUUGCCCGAUUAGUAACGUCAUACCGAAGUGGAACGAAUUGGUCUUCCAAGGACAGUGGCGAGACGCGCUGAACCGGCUUUUGAUGACUAACAAUUUCCCGGAAUUCACUGGUCGUGUUUGCCCUGCUCCUUGCGAGGGUGCUUGUGUACUCGGCAUUAACGAGGACCCCGUCGGUAUCAAGUCUAUCGAAUGUGCCAUUAUCGACCGCGGAUUCGAAAUGGGCUGGAUGGUGCCUACGCCACCCCAGGUCCGAUCUGGCAAGACUGUUGCCGUCAUUGGAUCUGGCCCUGCUGGUCUCGCCUGUGCUGAUCAGCUCAACAAAGCCGGCCACACCGUCACGGUCUACGAGCGUGCCGAUCGUUGUGGAGGUCUUCUUAUGUACGGCAUCCCCAACAUGAAGCUGGACAAGAAGGUUGUUCAGCGCCGUGUCGACUUCCUCGCUGCCGAAGGUGUGGACUUCAAGACUGGCGUUACUAUCGGCGAAGACGGCUCAGAAACUCUUGACUCCCUCCGUGAGAAGUACGAUGCUGUGGUCUUCGCCACGGGUGCUACGGUGGCACGUGACCUGCCCAUCCCCAACCGCAACCUGGAGGGUAUCCACUACGCUAUGCAGUUCUUGCACAAGAACACCAAGUCACUCCUCGACUCUGAGCUUGCCGACGACGCUUACAUCUCUGCCAAGGACAAGCACGUUGUCGUCAUUGGAGGUGGUGACACUGGUAACGACUGCAUCGGUACCUCCGUUCGUCACGGUGCCAAAUCUGUUGUCAACUUUGAGCUGCUGCCCCAGCCUCCAGCUGAGCGUGCCCGUGACAACCCGUGGCCACAGUGGCCUCGUAUCUUCAGGACCGACUAUGGUCACAACGAGGUUAAGACCCACAUGGGCAAGGACCCUCGUGAGUACUGUGUCAUGUCCAAGGAAUUUGUCGACGACGGAGCUGGCAAUGUAAAGGGUAUCAACACCAUCCGUGUCGAGUGGACCAAGUCUGCAUCUGGCGGCUGGGACAUGAAGCAGGUCGAAGGCAGCGAGCAGUUCUUCCCUGCUGACCUCGUCUUGCUCUCCAUGGGUUUUCUGGGUCCGGAGCAGCGUGUCAUGAACGAGGUUGUUGAGCUUGAUGGUCGCAAGAACAUUAAGACACCCGCUGGCCACUACAACACCAACCUUCCCGGUGUCUUCGCCGCUGGUGAUUGCCGUCGCGGUCAGUCCCUCAUCGUCUGGGGUAUCAACGAGGGUCGCCAGUGCGCUCGCGACGUGGAUUCCUUCCUGACUGGAUACGGCACUCAGCUCCCAGUCACCGGUGGUAUCGUCAAGCACACCCCUCUCAUGAACACCCACAAGCAGCAGAUCCCAGUCGCUGCUUAA